GUCUAUGCAGCUCAAUGUGACAGUAGAAUUACCUUCGCACCGUACCAGCCUCUGUCCACCUAGUUCUGCCUUUUCUAUUUUAUAAGUUACUACUUCGUAUGUAGAGAAAACUUUUAAAGAAACUUUAAAUAUGCUCUCAUCCGUGCUGCUUCUUCUUUUUUUAUCCUUCUACCGGGGUUUGCCCGGUUUUGCAUCGGCUUCUCCCGCCGUGGAGGAAGCCUACAAGGCGGUGGUUAGCGUCGUUUCUCCUGGCCAGCAGCAUCUGACCGGGGCGUCCCUCCGUUCCCUCUUUAAUACACUGGAGAAACGUGUGCAAUGUGGUGAAGUGCCGUGUGAAAAGUGUGAUCUGGUAGGUGCCGUUCAUCAGCUCAUUGGCAAUCACUCCGUCCACGGACAAGAAGAGAUCGGGAAAUUAGGAGAAAACAUGACUGUCAGUGUGUCUCAGUUCCCUGCUCUUGCUGCUGGCAGUGUCCUGUAUCUCUCUUCCCCUGCUCUGGUCUGCACUGCCGUAAGCCAGGGAAAGUGGGCAGAAGAGACUGAACAAUUCUUACACAAAUUCACACAUCAUGACCACAAGCAAGCGCCACACCAUGACCACGACCACAUAGAUGUUCAUGGAUUAGAGGCCCUGCUUCAAGAGCUGCACGACCACUAUGAGCCAUCACACAGUGAGGAUACCCAGACCUGUGUAACUCCCAAAGGCAUCAUGACAGAGGUUGAUGCUUCAAUGAGUAACCACGUGCAGGAAGUGGGUGCAGUUUUGGGCCGUGUCCUGUAUCACGCCCUUCAAGGUCGCUGCUUUGUUGGUCUGUCCCUGCCUGAAGAGAGCUUCUUCUUGGACUACAUCAUGUACCAACUGGGCUCAGAAAAUGUCACUAUUAAGGAUUUGGAGACUUUAAUGAAGAGUCUGAACCUUGGGCCAGAAAACGACCAUGACCACGAGCAUGAGCAUGAACAUGGACAUGGACAUGAACAUAGGGAAGAGCAUGCUGAACAUGUUAAUCAUGAUCACAGCAGACAGAGAGGGAGAAAGAUCCAUCAGCGUCAUGGAGACCAUGAGAGUAAUAACACCUGGGAGCAUCGCUGUUUCUCAGCUGAAGAACUGGUUCAAAUCUACAGCCUGGCUGAAAACAGCUCAGCCUCCUCUGGUAUGGGUCGAUCUGAAGUGGUUCGUCUCACCCCUGCAUUUGUCCAGCAGAUCCUGAGUGGAGCCUGUGCAGAUGUCACAGAACCAGUGGCACCAGAUGGGCUCUCCAAGACAGACAGAUACCUCUAUGCAACCCUCGCCAACGUGCUGAUAACUCUGGCCUCCAUGUUUGGCAUUGUGUUGCUGCUGUGUACUGCGUGUACCAAUAUUUUCCAGUUAUGUAUCCAGUUUUGCAUCAGCAUGGCAGUAGGUUCGCUGACUGGAGAUGCCCUGCUGCACCUAUUACCCAUGGUUUUGGGUUUACAUGUGCACUCAGAUGAUGGCAGCAGUCAGUCAAGUCAUGAUCAUGAAGAAACUCCAGACUACAUAUACAAGAUGUUAGCAGGAAUUGGUGGGAUCUACUUAUUUUACCUGAUGGAAAAGACUUUCUCUCUGGUCACUCAUAAUAAAAAUCAGCACCACCAUGGGGAGGAAUCUGAGCCUCACCACUGUGACCAUGGAAGAGUUUUAGAGAUGUAUCAUCAAGAAAAGAAACAGAGAGACAAAUCACAGUCAUCUUCAAAAGCAGACCUGGUUGACAAUGAGGUUGAGAAAAAAGAGCGCACAAGAAACCAGCGUCUGCUGCCUUAUAUGAUUACUAUUGGUGACUCCAUCCACAACUUUGCAGACGGGUUAGCAAUAGGUGCUGCUUUUGGUGUGUCAUGGAAGUCUGGUUUAGCCACAUCACUGGCUGUUCUCUGCCACGAAUUACCACAUGAACUCGGAGAUUUUGCCGUAUUGCUCUACAGCGGUCUGUCGGUACGCAGGGCAUUGCUUUUAAACUUCUGCAGUGCUUUGACCUCAUUCAUUGGCCUGUAUAUUGCUCUAUCUGUAGCCACUGACCUCGCAGCCAAACAGUGGAUAACUGCUGUUGCUACAGGACUUUUUAUGUACGUGGGACUGGCUGAUAUGCUUCCUACAAUGAUCCAUACUGUUAGCAAGAGACCUUGGCUGAUGUUUCUGCUGCAAAAUCUCGGCCUUCUGACUGGGUGGGGUAUUUUGCUGUUACUGUCAGUUUAUGAAGACAAAAUAAGCUUUUAAUACUUUUCAUUUUGAGCUAUUGCCCUGUCCAUUGGGUUCAUCUUGUUUUGGGACCAGAAGGACAUUUUGUAAAGCUUUUGGACACCAAUCACAUUGACAGGAGUAUAUUAACAUUUACUCAUAGUGACUACAAGGAAACCACAAAGACAUAUUUAGAAGUCGAUGUAGACGAACACAGCCAGAUAAUCUAUGGAGCCAAAGCACCUUUUAAGUUUUUUUUGUUUUUUGGGAAUAAAAUGAAUAAAAUGUUUCGCGACAUGCAGAUGAACUUCUAUUCUCCUCACAUGGUUAUGUUACCACAUGUAACAGUGCUAACAGCAGCAUCCCUGUGCUGGGCAAAAAUAUUAGGUACAUGUGCCUCCCCCUCCCUCCCAACCUAACCUAGAGAUUUCUAACAAGAGUUUUUAAUGAAUUAUUGAGGCUUUUGUAAUGAAUUGCAUUAGAUGUAGCUGAGAAUAUUUCAACUGUGAGUUGAAGAGAAUAUUACUGCAUUUAUAAUAAAUAUUGUAUGAAUGUUAUUGAAUGUGUUAUAUAAAUGCAAAAUUGUUUAAUAACCUUUACUUUUGUCUUCACUGCUCAGAUGCCUUGUUUGUCACAUUUUUUCCUAUAUUCCUCUCUUGAUCUUGCUCUGUCAUAAAGUAAAUACACACCUCAGUAUCAGGCAUAAAUGCUUACCAGGUUAAGUGAAGGAUGUCACUUGGAAGAAGGCUAGUUUUCCAAUUUAUAAAAGACAAAUGUUAUUCACUGCAAAUUACUGGGUCAUUGUACAGAAUUUGGUACAAAGUUAUUGAAUCUAUUUAAAUUAGUGUGUUAGAGCAGGGAAAUGGCUAAAACCUGCAGGACUGUGGCCCUCGAGGGCUGGAGUUGAAUGACGCUACUCUGCACGUACCAGAGUUAUUUACGGUGUUCCACAGGCUUCUGAACUAGGACCACUUAUGCUCUCUGUAUACAUGCUCAAUGCUUCCUUUUGUGAAAUGCAACAUUCAUUACCUGGCCCCCAAAAAAGACCACCUUUAACUUUGAAUUCUGUACACAAUCACUGGGAAAAAAAAUUAGUGAAGCUAAUGCUGUGCCACAAAAUUUAUUUUCAUGUAGAGUUGCAUGAUUUUUUCACCAAGAUCAUGUUUUAUUUUGUUAUGGUAAUUCUCCCCCAGC